GCGGUCACUCUUCAGCCCCCGCCCACCCCUCGUAUAAAAAUUUUAUGAAAAAAUUAUUAAUUAAGUAGAAAAUGUGCUUAAAGUUGAUUAUAAUUGCAACGCUCAUUGCGCUGAGCAGUUGCGAAAUCGUUAUUGGCCAGGAUGAGCUGGUGGAUGAGGUCUCUGGGCUGUACACAAUCGAAGGACGUGUUUCUCCACCGGACUCGAUUCUGGCACCAGGACAAGGUUCAGGCCUGAAUAAAGAUGACAAUAAAUGGCAAGUGGAUGUGACAAUAACCAUCAAUGAUGGCGAGUACAAGGGUUUCGUGCGCGAAGAUGGCCAGUUCAUCAUCAGCGGAGUGCCUUCCGGCAGCUAUGUGCUGGAUGUCCAUCAUCCUGACGUGUUCUACGAGCCUGUGCGCGUUGAAAUCAAUCCCAAGGGAAAGUUCCGUGCGCGCAAGGUGAACUUUGUCCAGCCAGCGCAAAUCAUGCAGGUGGCCUACCCCCUGAGAAUGAAGCCACUGAUGCCUUUCAAGUAUUUCCAGACCCGCGAGCAGUGGAAGAUAACCGACUUCAUGUUCAGUCCCAUGGUGCUGAUGAUGGUUCUUCCUUUGCUGCUCAUGCUGGUUCUGCCCAAGAUGAUCAAUGAUCCCGAGACUAAGAAGGAGAUUGACAACUUGCAGUUCCCAAAGAUGACCAACGACAUGCCCGAGAUCAGCGAGAUGUUGACCUCAUUUCUGACGGGUAAACAGCCCGAGCCCAAGGAGAAGAAGCCGCUUCCAGCCAGCAGGCAGACGAAGAAACGUAAAGAUCAAUAAAUGUUCAUGUUGAAUUACAAAGUAUAAGUUUAAAGAUCCCGCACUCGAGUAAUAGUCAAUGUCAGUUCGAGCAAAAAAAUAUUACAUUUUCAUACCA